AUGAGCUACCCUGGGUAUCCUCCUCAGUCUGGUGGCUACCCCCCGGCGGCAGGCGGCUACCCCCCGGCAGCAGGAGGCUACCCUCAGGCACCUGGCGGCUACCCUCAGGCACCUGGCGGCUACCCUCAGGCACCUGGCGGCUACCCUCAGGCACCUGGCGGCUACCCUCAGGCACCUGGCGGCUACCCUCAAGCACCUGGCGGCUACCCUCAAGCUCCAGGUGGUUUCUCUUCCCAGGGUGGGGGCUAUCCUCAACCAGGGGGUUAUCCGCAACAGCCUGGAGCGAGAGGCUAUCCUUGUAUGCCUCCAGCAGACGGAGGCUGGGGUGCAGCACCAGGCAGUUAUGGAACGCCAGGAAGUGGUCCACAGGGAUACCCAGGGGGCCCAGCACCAGGUCAGCCCUUGCCAAAUUAUCCUGGAGGCCCUGCAUCUAACCCUUCACAACCUGGAUAUGGCGGUGGACCUGCAGCUACCCCACAUGCACCUGCCAUCCCAAAAGGGUACAGGGGUACUAUGAAAGACUAUCCAGGAGCUGAUCCACUGAGAGAUGUUGAAGUUCUUCGAAAGGCAAUGAAGGGUUUUGGCACAGAUGAGAACGCCAUUAUUGAACUUCUUGGAAAUCGCACCAACAAACAGAGGGUUCCUAUGGUAGCAGCUUACAAAACUACUUAUGGAAAGGAUUUAAUCCACGAUCUGAAGUCCGAGCUCAGUGGAAACUUUGAGAAGCUGGUGCUUGCCAUGUUGAUGAGUCCUUCAUACUUUGAUGCUUUUCAACUCAGAGAGGCCAUAAAGGGUGCAGGGACGGAUGAAGCGUGUCUGAUUGAGAUUCUUUCCUCACGUAGCAAUGCAGAAAUUCACGAAAUCAAUCAGGUCUACAAGUCUCAGUACGGGAAAAAACUGGAGGACGCCAUCAGCAGUGACACUUCCGGUCACUUCCGCAGACUCCUGGUUUCUCUUUCCCAGGGAAAUCGUGAUGAAAGAGAAACCGUUGAUAUCUCCAUGGCCAAGCAGGAUGCUCAGAAACUGUAUGCUGCUGGGGAAAACAAGGUAGGAACUGAUGAGUCUCAGUUUAAUGCCAUCCUGUGUGCUCGCAGCAAGCCUCACCUUCUAGCAGUCUUUCACGAGUACCAGCAGAUGUGUGGGAGGGACAUCGAGAAGAGCAUCUGCAGAGAAAUGUCAGGCAACGUGGAAUCCGGCAUGGUGGCAGUGGUGAAGUGCAUCAAGAACACCCCUGCCUACUUUGCAGAAAGGCUCCACAAUGCCAUGCAGGGAGUAGGAACUAAGGACAGAACCCUCAUCCGUAUCAUGGUGUCCCGCUCUGAGGUGGACAUGCUGGACAUCAGAAAGGAGUACGUGAAGAAUUACGGAAAAUCACUGUACAACCACAUCUCGGGUGAUGCAUCUGGAGACUACAAGAAGCUGCUGUUGAAGCUGUGUGGAGGGAGCGACUAGAGAAAUGGGAAAAAUCACUUCUUAUAAGACAGUCUCCAUGUCUGCAGUAAGCAAUGUUAUAGAACCGUGUGUCACGUGUGACGCAUGUAACCAUUUGUCCUGACAACAAUCCAGUGAUAUGAAGUUUGUACUUAAUGACAAAUAUAAACAUUAAAUAUUCAUGCUACUUGU